AUGAAGUUCCUGAGGCCAAGCGGGUCUACCCCGCACGAAGAGGGCUUUUUUGAGGCUCGUGAAGAUGCAUAUAAAUUUAUUAUUGGAGUAUCAGGGUCAUUAUCUGUGCUUUCUUUACUUACAAUAUGCCUCGUCGUCCCGUCAAUGUACAAUCUUGUCGAUAACAUUGGACGUUUUGGCAAACUUGAUUUUGCCUAUUGCGAGAGCGCCGUCACCGACAUGGAGCAGGAGAUGAUCUCAAUACGAGAAGCAUUCCGGCAGACGGCUGGAAAUAGGUCGACUCGUGCUGCUGGUUAUGGGCACUACAACCCAUCUAUGCUUGCCUUAGACUCACCGCAGUUCCAAGAAUGCCCAGCUUGUUGCAUCGCUGGUGAAAGAGGCCCUGUCGGAGAUCCCGGCCUUCCCGCUCUUCCUGGCGCACCUGGCCCCGACGGAGCUCCCGGACGACCUGGCACGACGCCGAAUGCAUCUUGCAUUCCUGAGACGAGUUUUCGAACCUACCACCCAGCCGCCAUGUCCACAGGAACUCGAGACUUCCCGACAUACCGCGGAUUCCCAGGAGAUCAUGGUGAUCCUGGAAUUCCUGGACGACCUGGAUCAAAUGGACUUCCCGGCAAUCAAGGUGAACCUGGACCUGUUGGACCACCAGGACCUGUUGGACCUGCGGGACCGCCUGGUGACAAAGGACGAACCCCAGAAGCGCAUGUCAUCCCUGGACCACCCGGAGAUCCUGGCCCACCUGGAGCAUGGGGACCUCCUGGAAAUGCUGGCAUGCCCGGUGAAGAUGGUUAUCCUGGCACACCUGGUGAAAAAGGUUGGCCUGGACCACCAGGAGCUCCGGGACCGAUGGGAAUACCUGGUCCAGCUGGACCCAUGGGUGAAGAAGGACCAGCUGGUACACCUGGUACAUGUGUCUGCCAGGAUACUGAAGUAGUUAUGGCUGAUGUGAACGGAAAAAUACCGGCACCACGUGAAGAUCGGAACGUGGAGCAGGCCAAGAAGAAAGAGGAGGAAGCGACGACUCCAGCUCUCCAAAAAAUAGAGCCGUCGAGUAGCAUGGUCGUAGAGGAAACUUUCACAAAUAACGAAAACGGCGGCUACUACAACCGAAAGUUGAAAAAGAGAAAGAGAGCUCGUCGACUUCGCCAGCACUAG